GGGAGGGGCAGAGAGAGAGGGAGAGAGAGAGAAUCCCAAACAGGCUCUGAACUGUCAGUGCAGAGCCUGAUGUGGGGCUCGAUCCCAUGAACCAUGAGAUCAUGACCUGAGCGGAAAGCAAGAGUCUGGUGCUUAACCAACGGAGCCACCCAGGUGCCCCAAACAGGCAUCCUUUCCUGCAGUGGUUCCUGUAGCAACCAUAUAUCCCCCCAUAAACUAGCCUCUCUGCAGGUGACAGUUUAUUCACCAGGAGAUGAGAUCUGCAUUGGUGGGAUCAGAGCUUUAGGUCUCCAUGCCCCAAAGCAGCCAGUAUCUCUUGCAAUACUCUAUAGAUCUGGCUUCCAGUGUUCCUGCAGGGGAUAUAUAGUGAGUUGAACAGUGUCCCCCAAAAAGAUAUGUCCAAGUCCUAUUCUUAAGGACCUGUGGAUGUGACCAUAGUGUCUUUACAGAAGUAAAGUUAUGGGUCUCAAGAUGAGAUCAUCCUGAUUUAGAGUGGGCCCUAAAUCCAAUGACUUGUGUCCUCAGGAGGGAGAAGAUUGGAGACACAGACACAGAGAGGGGAAGGCAAUAUGAAGAUGGAGGCAGAGAUUGGAAUGAUGUGUCAACAAGCCAAGCAACACCAUGAGUUGCCAGCAGCCUUCAGAAGCUAGGAGAGAGCCAUCAUCGUAUACAGACUGCCAUGGACCUGGAAAUGCAGCAAGCUCCUGAUGAAAUCCAUCCAUGCAGGUUUACACGCUGUUGCUGCCAUUCUUGCAAUUAUCUCUCUGGUGGCUGUUUUUGAUUUCCACAAUGCCAAGAAUAUCCCCAACAUGUACAGUCUACACAGCUGGGUCGGACUGACGGUCGUCAUACUCUACAUCUUACAGCUUCUCCUAGGUGUUUUCAUCUUUCUGCUUCCUUGGGCUCCACUUUCUCUCCGAGCACUUGUCAUGCCCAUACAUGUUUACUCCGGACUGCUCAUCUUUGGAACAGUGAUCGCAACGGUACUUAUGGGAGUGACUGAGAAAUUGUUCUUUGCCCUGACUAGUUCUGGGUACAGUACAUCUCCACCAGAAGGUGUUUUCACAAAUACCCUGGGCCUUCUGAUUGUGGUAUUUGGGGCCCUCAUUUUUUGGAUAGUCACCAGACCACAAUGGCAGCGUCCUAAGGAACCAAAUUCGAUCUUUCUUCAGCCAAAUGGAGGUGCUCAAGAGGGAGUGGAAGGCUCAGCAAUAAACUUUAGCAACGUGGACAAAUCAGAUUCAGAAUUAAACAAUGAAGUGGCAGCAAGGAAAAGAAACUUCAUCGUUGACGAGGCUGGUCAGAGAUCCACCAUGUAAAGGGUUCUAGAGAUGUGGCCAUAUCACUUCACUUUUACAAACUAGCUCUACAGUUUAUCGCUUCUUCUCUCUAGCCCCAAGGUGAUUGGGCCACAGAGUCAAUAUUUAUUUUAAUCAUAAAGUAGGAUUCCUUGGAAGAGUUUGUAUUGAUUGAGGCCUAUGAACUUAACUGAAUUGGAAAGGAGAUGAUCGUGUAAAUAAUAGCAGAUAUAAAUUGUGGUUAUGUUACCUCUUUCUUGUUGAGGACCAAAACAUUUAGCACAGUGCCUUGCAUAAAACAGUCGAUCAAAAUGGGUCUCUCAAAAACAAACAAACAAACAAAAAAUAAAAAUGUGUCCCUCGGUUGGUAAAUUUCA